AUGGAUCCACCACAGCAAUCGCUUUCUGAAAGAUUGUCUGCUGUGUUUGCUGCUAUAAAAAAGUCCAAACGUGCGCGACUGCAAAACCGCGGUUCCAGCUCCUCAAAACCUCCGCCAAAGGCUGCGCCGGUCAAAGACCCGAUGGAAAUCGACACCCUACCGGAUCUUCUUGUUUUCAUCAAAGCAACCUCGAAUCCGAAGGUCUUGCGAGAUGUAGUGGCACGAUUUUUGCUGAAUCCUUUGUUGUCCGACAAUGAUCGUGAGCUGGUUAAGAAGAAAAUAUUUGAGAAGAUAGAGGAGGAAAGGCGAAAAAAGAUGGAAUCCAAA